CACAUACCCCACACGGCCCAUAGUUUCUCUCUUGGGUUUCACAUGGUUAUUACAGCCUCCUCGUAUCUGUCGGAAAGCAAAGUGCAAAACCAAACUUUGCGUGGGGCGUUGACGUUGGCGUUGUUAUUGGUCUUUGAAUAUUAGAGGUAGUAUUGAAAUAUAAAGAUGAAAGCAGCCGUUAUGAUACACGCACAAAAAUCUAUAAAUCUGCAUGUGAUUGAGUCCAUUUCCCAUCAAAGUCCAGAUGCAUGACUAGCUUGUCGAGGAUUCCACCCCACUCCCACCAAAUCUACAGCUAGCAAUGCCCAUGCUGCCUUGCACUGGUAAUACUUGCUACCAGCAAAGUUUUCAUUCAAAGUUGCAUGUUUGACUCAACAUUGAAAUAAUAAUACCACCAGUUGUUCUAUCAAAUCCUAGCCAUGAUCAAGGUUUAAGAGCAUUAUUUUCUAUAGAAAAAGAGUCAAUGAGACAAUUAACUAUAAAUCCACCGGCUUUAGUUAACCCUUUCAUGCUUCCGCAUCCUCCGUCCACAUCACAACAAGCCUCUAUCCCCAAAAAGGAAACGCCUCCUCCAAUGGAUACACCACCUCUCCCCACAGCCCCCACCGCCCCCACCGAUGUCACGGCCUCGGUUGCUGCCACCACUGUACAUCUCAACUACCCCGACUCUGUUGAGUCGUCUCCACGCUCCCGUACUGAAAACACAUAUGAUGAUCCUCUCCCAGCUGUCCCUGGUGCGAGGCUCCGCCUAAUGUGUAGCUUUGGUGGUCAUAUAAUGCCCCGUCCGCAUGACAAAUCCCUUUGCUACGUUUGUGGUGAAACUCGUCUUGUUGCGGUUGAUCGCCACUGCUCCCUCUCAGCCGUUUGCUCCCGCCUAUCACGUGCCCUUCUCAAUGGCCGACCCUUUACCUUGAAGUACCAGCUUCCAAAUGAAGACCUUGACUCUCUUGUAUCAGUAGCCACGGAUGAGGAUCUCGAGAACAUGAUUGAAGAAUAUGACCGUUUAACAGCUUCAUCAGCUUCUUCUGGAACCUCCUCUCGAAUCCGUUUAUUUCUUUUCUUAAACAAGCCUGACACUGCAGCCUCCAUGGGUCCACUGCUAAAUGAUGCCAAGUCUGAAACAUGGUUCGUUGAUGCUCUUAAUGGUUCAGGGUUGAUGCCAAGAGGGAACUCAGAUUCUGCCACCAUGGAGACCUUGUUGAAUCUUGAAGGUGAAUUUGAGGCACAAGAAGGAGCAAAUAAACAAAACAAGCAAGCGAAAAACGAUAAUGCAGUUCAUGACGUGCAAUAUUCAUUGCCUGAUGAUUCGUCAAUGGUGGAGAAAACUUCAUCUUUUGGUUCUUCUUCUUCUUCACCUUCAAUGUCCAACUUGCCACCUAUUCGAGUUCGAGUUGAUCAGGAUGGAGGGGCUAAAGUGCAGGACCAGAGGGUUGGCAUAGAAGAGCUAUUUGCUCAUAUGAGCUUUGCUACUAAUUUUCGUAAGCAAGAUGAUGGCUUUGGGGCUGUUGUGCCUGCUCUGCCUCCGCAUCCUGUGUCUGUUGCGACUGCUAUGAUCACUCCUGCCGGGGGUUCUAGUGACAACUUGAAUCGGAUUUUGUCUGAUGAUGAGAGAUCUGAUCAGGGGGUGCCUGUUGGUUUUCGCAAACCUCCAUUGCAGCCAAUUCAACAGAAAGCGUGCGGUACUUAUAAUUUGCCCUCCCCUGAUUCAGUUGCAAGCGACAGUAGCAUCGCCUCUGCAAAUUCUCUCUCAAAGCCCAUGUACUAUCAAGAUCAAAGUCAUAUUACAUCCAGAGAUAGCAGAACUGCUGCUAGUCCCAGCGUCAAUGCUGAUACUUCCAUUCCAAGCUCCCAAAUCCAAUUUCAACAGGUUCAAGAUUCCUAUUCUUUGGCUCCACAAUUGGAUCAACAGCGGCAACAAUUCGUGCAAGCCAGCAUGCACUACAUCCCCCACCAUACGGCAGCUGCUGCUCCAGUGCCAAUGUCAUCCUACUAUCCAGUUUAUGCUCCACCAUCGCAGCAGCAGCUUCAUCAUCCAGUUGAUCAGCAGUACCCUGCACUGUAUGUAAUGCCUGUUACACAAGUAACACAACCGCAACCAUACAUGUCCAUGCAAUCUAACACUGGUGUCAUGACUAUGAAAUCCAACAUUACUGAUGCUAACAUUAUGGCCCCAAGCCGCCAAUUGACGCCUCCAACUCCUAUAGUUUCUGCCUCAACAGCGCCUCCUAUUUACCCCACAAAUACAGCUACCCUUGCUAAACCUGAAAUGACAACAACUGUGUAUAGAACAGCUGUGCCAUCAACUCCUCAAGUGGUUCAAGUUCAGCAACCAUAUGUAGGUUUCUCCCAAAUGCAACAUCCACCACAAUCAGCUGCUGUUACUCAUGCUGCUACUACUAAUUAUGGUUAUGAGUAUCCAAAUCCUACACAAGAUCAAAUGUACUAUGCUCAGCAUCAAGCUCCUCCACUGCCUCUGCAGUAUCAAACCAUGACCCAAGCUGCUGCAGCGACUGCAUUGACAGAUGCAUCAAAGCAGCUACCCGCAGACAGUAGUAAUCAGCAAAUCAGAAUCUCACAACCAUUAUAAGAUGAUUGGGCAGAGAAAACAGUCAAUUUUGAUGCAUAUGGUCGUUGUACCUUGAUUUUUCUCCUCGAAUAAUGCUAAUAGGCACAAUUAAUGUUUUAGUAUGUAAUUCACAACAAGAUAUUCACCAUCGUUCUUCUUCUUUUUCUUUUCUUUCCGUUUCUUUUCAUUUGGCUGCCUUUCUUGUGUGAAAUAAAAUGUUAUAGAAUUCUUUUUACAUAAUAAUUAGGAGUCCUUAUUUGCCUUGAUUGUUCAAUUAUUUUGAAGGGGCUUUGAAUUUACUUAUUCGUAUUUCUCCCAUUUAUGUAGAAUUUGAAACUUAGAGGUUCUACCAGUUGUAUAAAAAGAAAGAAAGAAUCAUCAAGCAUUCAGAGUAAAACUCGUGCAAUUCCUGAGUUCCAAUCUAAGUAGUUUAGAUAAAUCUGGAACCAGAUUUUGAUCAUGGAUAUUCAAGAUGAUAGAAAACCCUGCUUGCUCAACGCACAGUCUUGUUUGUUGUUAUGCUCAUUCAUAUCAGUUGUAGACAGUCAAAUGCUUACUCCUUUUUUUAAUGAGGAUUUGAAAAUCAGAGCCUGUGCAGCUUGUUGCAAGGCCACGUGGCUGAGUAAUUACAUAUUCAGAAAAUCUAAUUUAGUUAAGGAGAGCAAACUUUGCGGUUGAGCAAAACUGAAAUCCUGUGGGAUGAAAUGUGCCCAAAUGAAUAAAGUAUAUAUUGCAAUUGCAUCAAUAAGU